AUGAUUUCUGCUCAAUUACAACAAAUACAAGAAGAAAUAAAUAGACUAAAAAAAGAAAACGAAAAACUAGAAAACGAAAAUAAUAAAAUACUAGAAAACAAUCAAUAUGAAAAAUUAUUAAAAAGAAAUCAAGAACUAAAAAAAGAAAACGAG